CAAUAGAAAAUUUCCUGUUGUCAUACGCACCAUAGAUACGCGCGCGCGCUCGCCUCCAUCACGGGGAAGCGCGUGGAGUUGUCAGAUUUUACGGAAUAUUCCCGCAAUAUCAGCUUGUUUGCGCUGUGAUAGAGAUAAUUUCUGCCAUCAGCUGAAUGUGUAACCCGUGUAUAAUUUCAGAGGGCAAUGUUUUGUGUGUGAGGUGCACCCAAUGAUCUGUAUGAUAUCACCGUUCGCUUUGAGAUGACCAAGGAGAACUAAAAGACACCCUGGCGCCACCUCAAGGUUUCUAUUUCUCCGUCUCCUGCCUCCACUCCACUAUGGGUUCCCGAAGUCAUGGGUUCUUCCACCACCAAGAUCACUAUCACCACCAUCAUCCCCACCACCACCGCAGUUCAGUGGUGCCCACAGCCGUCCCCCGAUUGCUGCCCGAGACCAGCAGCCUGUUGGGGGGCAUCGCCCAGAUCACUCCUUCCCUGUUCCUCGGCCGGGGGAAUGUGGCGUCCAACCGCAGCCUCCUCCUGUCCAAAGGGAUUACCUGUGUGGUGAACGCCACCAUCGAGCUGCCCAACUUCAACUGGCCACACAUGGAGUAUAUGAAAGUGCCACUGGCUGAUAUGCCUCAUUCUCCGAUCUCGCUUUAUUUUGACAGCGUGGCUGAUAAGAUCCACAGCGUGGGCCGCAAACGGGGAGCCGUGCUGGUGCACUGCGCGGCUGGGGUGAGCCGCUCCGCCUCGCUCUGUUUGGCCUACCUCAUGAAGUACCACAGAGUUUCCCUGGCCGAGGCUCACGCUUGGGUCAAAUCCCGCCGACCCGUCAUUCGUCCUAAUGGAGGGUUCUGGCGACAGCUCAUUGAGUACGAGAGGAAACUGUUUGGCAGGAACUCUGUGAAAAUGAUCCAGACACCAUACGGGGUCAUUCCCGACGUGUACGAGAGAGACCGCAGGAACUUGGCACCUUACUGGGGAUUGUGAAGAGGGGUUUGGACUUUGGUUCAAGCACAGAGGACUGGUCCACCAAACGAUUUUUGACUCCACUGUCUUCCGGCCUCUUUCCGUACGUCCACAAGUCCCUCCUGCCAGAGAAUAAAGCCAGAUGGGAGUGCUUAUGUCCAUUUUCAAGAUGGAAAAAGUCACUUUGAGUGCAUAUUUUAUGAGGUCAGAAGUGAUACUCCAUCCUUGAAUGCUGAAAUAAAUUUUGGCGAUGAUAAUGUUGGUUUUAGGAGCACUUUGGGAACCAAGUGUGGUGCUGAGAAUCAGGAAUUCAGUCCUUGGUUAAGACUUAUCAAUCGUAAUAUUGUGAGGAUGUUGUUUCAGUUUGGCUGGCUAUCUUUGUUGAGAGGCAGCAGUCUGAUUUUGAUUACUGGUAGCAUUUGAAAAUUAUAUAUAUUAAAAAUAUUAUAUUCCAAGGUGUAUUUAAACUUGUGCAUACAAAAAAAAUACUAAAAAAAGAUUUUUGGAAGGUUUUGUGAAGUGACAAUGUUUAACAGAAAGACGCUACAAUAUUACCGAAGUUUAACAGAUUUAUAAACUAUGUAUGUAAAUUAAAAGAAAUUUUAUUGAACACCACGAAGGACAGUAUUGGCAUUUAUAAUGUCAGUGCUCCUACAAAACAGGAUGUUUCACAAGAAGCAGAACGAUAAAUAUGGCAGUAGUUUUUUUUCCCCAAUGAAUUCUAGUUUGCCUGUUUGGUCCUUUUGCAAUUCUACUCGGUUUUAAAUUUUUAACUCAAGAUGUUUCUUUCAGAUGUUUUCUGCAGUGAAGCAGUAAUUAUAACCAGAGGACAUCUGUCAGAGGACUCCUAGCAAAGCUUUUACUAAUUUGUGUUAAAAAUAACUGAAUUCAUGUAAAAGAGUUCUGAUUUAAUUAGUGUGUUAAAAUGAAUAAA